GCUGUCAUCGUGUUUUUGUUGGUUUGCUAUCACAAAAAAUUUAGAAGGGUGAUCAUGAUGAUGUAAAGUUGAAAAAAUCAAGUAUCUUGGAUGUAAAGCUCAAUUUAUUUCAGCUCAAUUUCACUUUGAUCUCUCUCGUUAGCUUUUUCUUAUCACCAAUCUUUGUCAGUAAAUAAUGUGUUCCUCAUCUAGCAAAUGCUGUACGAAGUGCUCCUUCUUUUAGUCAAGGCUUACUCAAUGUAUCAAAGUUAAUUAUGUCUUUCGGAGCAAAUCAUACGAAAGAGGGAGACUUCACAAAGACAAUAUACACUCUGGUCAAAAAUCAGCAGUACAGUGAAGUUAUUCCAUUUUUGACCAUGAUCUUAGAAUCAAACCAAAAUUCUCGUGCCGCUCUUUCGUUACUGGGACACUCAUAUUUCUACUCACAAGACUUCGUAAGUGCUGCCAAUUGCUACGAACAACUGAUGCUUUUGCACCCGGAAGAAGUGGACUACAAGCUAUACUAUGCACAGUCCUUGUACCAAGCUAACCUCUUUCAUGAAGCCCUGAAGAUGACACACGCAAUAGAUGAUAGCUCUUAUUCCAAUAAGGUAAACAAACUAAGAGCUGCUAUCAAAUAUAGCGAGGAGGACCUUCCAGCGGCCAGAGCCCUUUUGGAAAGUUGCGACCCUGAAGAUCCAGAUACUGUCAUCAAUUACGGCUGUUUGCUUUACAAGGAAGGACUCUAUGAAGAGGCAUUACAAAAAUUUUCCGCUGGAAUGGCGGUUGCUGGCUAUAGUCAUCAUCUCUCAUACAAUUUAGCUCUCUGUUAUUACAGGCUAAAGGAAUUUACCCUAGCCUUGAAGCAUAUCGCGGAUAUCAUAGAACGCGGAAUUCGAGAACAUCCAGAACUCAGUGUUGGAAUGAUCACAGAGGGAAUUCAAAUGCGCAGCGUUGGAAACACCACCACUCUUCAUGAAACUGCUCUGAUAGAAGCAUUCAAUCUCAAAGCAGCCAUUGAAUAUCAUCUGAAAAAUUUUGACAGCGCAAAAGAGGCAAUUACUGACAUGCCGCCUCGCUUUGAGGAAGAACUAGACGCAGUAACUUUGCACAACCAAGCCCUGGUGAACAUCGACGAACGACCAAACGAGGGUUAUGAGAAACUCCAGUUCCUCCUUCACCAAAAUCCUCUUCCCCCAGAAACUCUUCCAAACAUCCUCCUGCUUUAUUGCAAAUUUGACUGCCAUAAUUUAGCUGCAGACGUUCUUGCUGAGAAUAGUCAUUUAACUGCCACGCAUCUUUCCCCGUAUCUGUAUAAGUUCAUUGAUGCCUUGAUCACUCAGCAAACUGCGCCUGAGGAGGCCUACAGGAGGUUUGAUGAAAUGGCGUCGAAACUAGCAGAACAAAUGCGGAAGCUAUCAAAGCAGGUUCAAGAAGCAAAGAUGGGUCAGGAUAAUGGGACAUUGAAAAAACUUUUAGUAGAAUAUGAUGAUUUACUGGACAAGUACAUUCCGGUAAUGAUGGCUCAAGCAAAAAUCUUUUGGGACAAAGAGAACUACAACCAGGUGGAGAAAAUUUUUCACAAAUCAGUGGAAUUUUGCAAAGAAAAUGACACAUGGCGGUUACACGUAGGGCAUGUUCUUUUCAUGCAGGACAACAAAUUCAAAGAGGCAACUGGAUUCUAUGAGCCACUGGUCAAGAAGUAUUACUCCAAUAUUUUGAAAGUUAGUGCUGUUGUUCUCGCAAAUCUGUGUGUGUCGUACAUUAUGACAGCACAAAAUGAAGAGGCGGAGGAACUGAUGAGGAAAAUAGAGAAAGAAGAGGAAAGAUUAGCGUAUGAAGAACCCAAGAAAAAAGUUUAUCACCUCUGCAUCGUUAAUUUAGUGAUUGGGACAUUGUAUUGUGCAAAGGGAAACUAUGAAUUUGGAAUCUCAAGACUCAUCAAAAGUUUAGAGCCGUAUAAUAAAAAACUUGGAACAGAUACUUGGUUUUACGCAAAAAGGUGCAUGCUCUCAUUGAUCGAAAAUCUAGCAAAAAAUAUGAUCGUAACGCGUGAUGCUUUCUAUCAAGAAUGCCUCAUGUUUCUAGAGCAAUGCGAAUUGUACGGUCGUGAGGUGCUGACGUCAACCCCAAUCAUUGUCGGGAAUUCAAACUUCCACAACGGCAAAAACACUGUGACCUACGAAGCUAGACUUCUAAAAGCUUUACUGUUGAAAAUGCAACUGCAUUGAAAAUUUCUCUUGGGCUCAGAUUCUUGUUAAUUUAAAAUUUGUCUUUUUAGCAGUUAACGUAUGUUAUUUCCAUAGGAAAACUAAGAGUAUUUAAAUUAAAACGAAUGCAAUGGUGUUCUUUCAUGCCAAAUGUUUCUUCAAAGGAAUUAAAAAAUGAGUUGUCAGGAUUUGAAAUUUCUAGGUCUUGCCAGAGUUUGUCAAGGGCUGACAUCCCCAAAAUUUCUUUCAUUGAUUUUAAAUUCCCUUUAAAAAUCUGAAAGUGGUGUCAUCAAGCACAUCAAAAACAAAAAAAACUUCUUAAACUAUUUUGAAAAUGAUAGUCAUUUUAUUCUGAAAAUAAAUCUACAUUUACAGUAUUAACAAUAAAAAACAUGUAUCAGUUUUUCAUAUUAUUCAGGUAAGUGCACUUGAAAAAGCAGAAAGCAAACAAAAUUGACAGUUUCUCUUGAAAGUUUGGGGAUACAACUCAUCCCCACUAAAUGAGACUGAUCCCUUUGCCAUGUACAACAAUACGCAACUCAUACUGCACCUUCUUUUUCCAUAAAAAUCUCAAGUUGAAAAAUUAUCUUCACUUUGAUUAUAAAAACAGAAUAACCGAUGAUAAAUUGAUUCUUAAAUUGCGGAUGUAACUUUAAAAAAAAUAUAUUUUAAGGCAUUAAAAGCACCACAAAUUUUAUUUUCUUGUCACAAGAAAUUAUUGCAAGUCAGAGGUAAUUUACAGAUAUGAAUUAAUGAACUCUGCAGAGCGAAUUCUCCGUAUUUUCCUGAGCAAUAAUUUAUUUAAAAAAAAAAAAAAAAAAAAAAAAAAAAAAAAAAAAAAAAAAAAAAAAAAAAUUAUGAGCCUUGCAUUAAUGAACAGAAUUAGAUUUUUUGGGGUCCCAACGAACUAUUAACUUAUUAACUUGAAGCCACAGCUCUGCGCUGGGCCAGGUUUGAGCCAAACCCUGAACAAACUUAGCAUCAAUGUUUACGAUAUACUGAUGAUUCUAUGAUAGACCGCUUUCUUGUCAAGAGUCAUGUGAGGAGUGUGACCAACUUAUAACUUAUUUUGUACUUAAUUUAUUGCUUAGUUAAGGUAUUUUCGUGUUGGUACGGUUGAACAUAUAACAGAAAAUUUUCCUAAUUUUGACAGCAAUAAAACAAUAUGAAAUGAUUUUAA